CUCUCUCUCCAUCGUUACUUCUCACUAGAUCUCUAGGGUUUUUUAUCCUACUUUCUCCAUAGUUAUUUCUGCAAAGAUUCAAAGGUAUUCUCCAUAAUCACUGCUUUAAUAAUCAUAGUACUACAAUUUUUGUUGAUAAUUUCUUCAAAAUUUAAUCUUUCCGUUCCCUUAAUUUCAGCUGGAACACUUGUAAUUCAUGUGUUUUUGAGUUGAUUUGUUCUCUCAACUUGGUAAUAAACUUUUCAAUUGCUUCAAUAAUCAUAGUUUUACCAUUUUUUGUUGCCAAUUUCUUCAAAUUUGUAGCAUAAAUCAGUGUGCCUUUUGUUAUAGAUUAUUAACUAAAGUAAUUUUUUGUUGUAAAAGACGUUGAAUGACACUGGAAUUUGUUUAUCUCUACUUUUUGUUUUGGGGAAAUGAAAUUGGUACCGUGAAGCUUGUCAUCUCUUUAUAGAAUUUCAGUAUUUUAACAUUCUAGUACUCAUGUUAGAUUGCGAGAUAUGGAUUCGACUAACAAAGAUGAAGAUGAUGCGAUAGUUGGAGCUGCAACCACAUCUGUUUUAGCUUCGGGGGCUGUAAUUAUUCUAGCCUACGAAAAUCAAAGUAGAAUUCCUAGAGAACCUUAUACUAAUAAAGGCCAAGAAAGGGAAUUUUACAUGAAUAGUAUUUUCAAUGGAAGCGAUGUUCAUUGUGUAGGUCAGAUAAGAAUGAGCAAGCAUGUAUUUUAUGAACUAUGUAACGCUCUUAGAAAUACUAGUUUGUUGUGCUCAACCAAAUAUAUGUUUGUUCAAGAACAAGUGUUGAUAUUCUCAGAAAUUGUUGGUUUUAAUCAAGAAUUUCGCAAGAUUGGGUCACACUUUUAUAGGUCAAUUGACUCUAUCCAUCGAUGUUUCCACACCGUACUUCAAGCAGUUUUGAAGCUCUAUCCAAUUCUUACAAAAUCACCGAAUGGAACUAUCCAACCGGAGAUAAGGAGCAAUUAUCGGUAUUAUCCUUGGUUUGCCGAUUGUGUAGGAGCAAUAGAUGGCACACAUGUGCUUGCGUCUGUUCCUAUUGAGCAACAAAGUAGAUUUCGUGGCCGGAAAGGCACAACAACACAAAAUGUAUUAGCUGCCAUUAGCUUUAAUUUGAAGUUCACGUAUGUGCUUGCCGGUUGGGAAGGAUCUGCACAUGAAUCUCGCAUAUUAUAUUAUACAUUGGAGAGACCACAGGGGUUUCAAAUACCCCCAAGGUAUUUUAUUCAAUCUAAAGUAGUUUAUGGAAAGAGAUAGAUUAAUAAUGUAUGUUCAUUAACUUUAUUUUUUCUUUGUAGAUAAUUAUUAUCUUGUAGAUGCCGGAUAUGGGCUUCGUAAGGGGUUUAUUCCUCCAUAUCAUGGAGUACACUAUCACUUACAAGAGUAUACUAGUGAUCGUCCUCCCCAAAAUGAAAAACAAUUAUUCAAUCUCCGUCAUGCCUCAUUGAGAUCCUCAGUUGAACGUGCAUUUGCUAUUCUCAAGGGACGAUUUUGUGUGAUUGAUAAUGAACCCUUUUGGGACUUUAAAACACAGGUGGAUGUUGUAUUAGCGGCAUGCAUUUUGCAUAAUCACAUAAUUGAUUUGGAGCCAAAUGUCCUAAUAAUACAAGAAGUAGACGUGGAGCCACUAAUUCAACCUCAAAAUGUUCAAAUUACUCAAAGUACUUAAGGGAGUCAAUGCUGUCAGACACAAAGAGAAAGACGUGAAGAGGCUAGAGAAUGGUCGUCAAAAAGAGAUGCCAUUGCUCACGCCAUGUUUACAAACUAUGAUAGAAGGAGGAAUAGGGGACUUUAGUGUAUUUAGAGAUGUUUGAGCUGCUUGUCGAUGUUGCAAGUUCUAUGAUUUGUAAUUUCAUAUGCUUGAGUCGAGAUUUUAUUCAGUUAUCAAUUGUGUUUUUGUGUAUUUCAUAUUUAUUGCUUUCUGCUUGUUGAUUGUGAUACCUUAUAAAGUUUAGCUUUUAGGUACAUCGUAUAUUCAGAUUCUCUUGCUUAGCUACUGCUAGAGUUUUUUGGAGUUGCAUAAUGGUAAUUACUAUUUGCUUAAAAACUGCUAGUAUUUACUAUUUGCUGCACAUUGGUAAUUGCAUAUUGCUAUGUUGUUGGCUGCUGCAGCUGAAUGUUGCACAGUUGCUAUGUUCUUGGCUGCUAAACUGAAUUUUGCACAACUGCUACUACUUUAUUUUUGCACAGCUGCUAUGUUCUUCUUGGCUGCUAUGCUCUAAGGCCAUGUAUAGUGCCAAUGAGGCUGCCAGAAUUGGUCAUUAUGUGCUUGAUUCCUUGUGUUUUUUUGGUGUUUAUAGUGGCUAU